AUGGACUUGACUUCUGACGAAAUCAAACUUGUCGAGAUCGCAAGAACGACAAUCAAUGCAAUCCCUAAAUCCGAUACCCACAGCGUAGCCAGCGCAGCCUUAUCAACCAAUGGCCAGGUUUUCACCGGCGUGAACGUCUUUCACUUCACGGGUGGGCCAUGUGCCGAGCUCGUGGUGCUCGGUGUAGCCGCGAGUGCCGCGACUCCCGGUCUAUCACAUAUUGUUGCUGUUGGGGAAGACAGCCACAAUGGAGUUAUUGUCAACCCCUGCGGUCGGUGUCGACAGGUCCUGCAUGAUUUGCACCCUGAAAUUCGGGUUAUUGUACGGAAGGGCGGGGAGGUGAAAUCUGUCUCCAUUGAUGAGUUGUUGCCUUAUGCUUAUGAGCUUAGAGACUGA